CUCAUUGGAAACUUUUUUAUUCUUUCGAUUUUCCGGAAGACGUUACCGAAAUGGAGGGAGUUUUAAAAGUUUGUCAGGUAAAAUCACCUUACUUCGGGUCUUACGGUAUUUGGCACAUGGAGUUGUUUUUUCAAGCAGAAUCAAGUUAAACCACAACCACAAGAAUAGCAGUGGAGCUGACUUUUUCGUGCCAUUCAUUUUUGCUAGAACUCCUGAGUCUGAGCUACUCUGGAAGAGGAACCAAGAAUAUGCCAGGAAUUUGAAAGUUCCGCUUGACUCCGAAGAGAGACCCAAAGGCAAAGGAGCAUUUCCCGCCCUCCGACUGAUUCCCUCCUUACUUUCAGGAAGUACUUUCGGUUUCAUUUCUAAGAAACAGUGUCAAGCCUGUGAGACAUUCAGACGGAGCCGCGUUCAGCGGGCCGCCAGGUAACACAACCGGAGGCAGGAUGGACCCCAAGUUAGAGAAACAACUUUUAAUCAAGUUCAGGGAGAAGAAGCUGGCUAUAUCGGAUGCCGUGAACAAGCUCUUUCCCUUCAUCUACAGCCUGAGGGACCAAGCGCUAAUCAGCAAUAGGAUGCUGCAGCACUACAAAAAUGAAUCGGUGCCCAUGAAGGAGAGAAUAUAUAAUGUGCUUGAAAAACUGGAGAAGAACUUCAACAAGAAGGUCUUGAAAGUUCUGUUCAGCAGGAACAAUGUGAAGGAAUACCCAGAUCUGAAACGGAUCCGCAGGACCUUUGAAGACGUGCUUAGUGAAGACUCUUCUCCGGAGAGAAGUGACUCAGAGAGACCGGCGAAAAUCAGCAAUGUACGCAGCUCUCCUCAAGAUACCCGCAGAGUUGAAAAUCCACUUUUGAGGAGAAAAAAACUCCGUAAAACACUCCUGAUAAACUCUAUUAGGCGAAGGGGUUUGAGGAAACAGAAUUUACGAACAACUCUGAAAAGGCCCACUCUGAGAAAAAGUGCCAGACAGUCCCAAAGUCAAUCUGUGGAUUUUCGCUCACCUCAACUUCCUGUGACUUGCUCUAAGGCUAGUGGGACCUUAUACCAGGAGAAAAUGAAAAAAGGGAGUUUGGAGAAAUGUAUAAUGGAUGCUAACGGGAACUGGUUGACGCUAAGGGAAUUUGAAAUCAAAGGAAAGCGUGAGCACUUCAAGAACUGGAGGAAGAGCAUUUCUUGUGGUGGGCAUACGCUGGAAUGGCUACAGAAGGAGCGAUUAAUUCCCAAGCCUCCAACACAAUACAGGAGAAGGAAGAGGGUGGUACGGAAGAAGUUGCCUUUGAAGGAGUCCCAGAGACCUGCUCCUGGGGCAGGAAGGGAGGAAUCGGGAGCAACAGCAGGCCUCCCAGCUUACCUGAAACCCCUCGCCGAUGUAAACUCCUUUCUGGUAACAUGUGGAGAGGUCGUGGGAAACUUAUACAAGAAUCGCUUCGCCUCAGGAAGUCGGGGAAAAUGCAUCCGAACGGACAAGCACUGGUUCACCCCAGAGGAAUUUCUGAACUCAGCUGACAAAAUUGAUUUUCUGUCUUGGUUCAAGGAAAUCCGGGCCUCAGACAUCCCCCUGCAAACCCUGAUUGAGAAAAAAAUUCUGCGACUUCACACCAACCAGUGCAGGUGUCUCCUCUGCACGGAGGGUACCCCUCAUCCUGAAAACGAUGACGAGUGUGCCGUCUGUAGGAAUGGGGGGAUGCUGAUCUGCUGUGACUCGUGUCCCAAUUCAUUUCACGAAGACUGCCACAUCCCUAAGGCUCUCUCCAGUAGCCCAGAAUGGAUCUGCACCUAUUGCCGAAUGGAGAAAGCUGAGAAGAGAUGUCCACCAAACGUGGCGCGUCAUCCAGAGUUGCAGGUCCUAAAGAUGAAGAUGCUUCCGGAAGAACUCUUGAAAUGUGAGUUUCUUCUCUUGAAGAUCUUUUGCCUCUAUGACAGUAAGAUUUUUAUCGAGGAUCCAGAACGGAUUAAAGACUACUACCAGCAUAUCAAGGAGCCUAUGUGGUUGAAUCUGAUAAAGGAAAGGCUGCACCAGGGGAUGUACAAUACAAUAGAGGGUUUUGUGCUUGAUAUGCGUCUAAUCUUUAAGAACUGUUGGAAAUUUAACAAGAACAACAAGUUUGGCCAAAUGGGAAUUAAACUGAAGAAGGUAUUUGAGAAGAAUUUCAAACAAGUGUUUUCUAUACAGGAAAUAGAAGAGGCCUGCUAACUGGCUUUUCUCUUGUCUGCAUUCUGGUCAGCCUCAACAGUGUUACACUGAUUUUUGUGCACUUUUGUCAUUUAAGUGUCAGGUUGGGGCUCUCAUAGUGCCUACAUUUCUGCCUUGGAAUAUAAUCAGCUAUAAUCAGCUUCGCCCUGGUUGGGAAAGGGGGUGGGAGGGGACACAUAUCCAUCUAGGCUAAAAAUCACUUUGUAAUUCUUUUUGUAUAUUUUACAAAUAACAUUUUAAGCUCCGUA